GCCUCGCCGCCUCACUCACGCCCAGCGGAGCCGCACGCUACCAACGCGCCUAUCAAAACAGAAGAUGGAUCGCGCGUCACGGCGUACCCAGGCCUGGAAGCCGCCUCGGCGCCCAACGAGCUGCUGCCACCUCCGACAACGACAACAGAAGACCUUCUUGCGCGGGCAGAAGCGCAUCUCAUCAGUGUCGACCCGCGGUUUAAGGGCGUGAUUGAGAAGCAUCCAUGCCGGAUAUUCAGCCCGGAAGGGCUGCAGGAGGAAGUGGACCCGUUCAAGAGUCUGGUUAGCGGCAUCAUUGCGCAGCAGGUCUCGGGCGCGGCCGCCAAAUCCAUCCAAGCGCGCUUCAUCGCCCUCUUCUCUGAUACCAGCAGCGGCAGCACGCCUUCCGACGCCCCUCCCCCCACCUUCCCAUCACCGGCCGCCGUCGCUGCCGCCGAUAUCCCCCGCCUACGCAGCGCGGGCCUCUCGCAGCGCAAGGCCGAGUAUGUGCAGGGCGUGGCGGGGCAGUUCGCUCGGGGCGAGUUGAGCGCGGCGGCGCUGGCGCGCGCGUCGGACGAGGAAGUGUUGACGAUGCUGACGGCGGUGCGGGGGUUGGGGCGCUGGAGUGUCGAGAUGUUCAUGUGCUUUGCGCUGAAGCGGUGCGAUGUGUUUAGUACGGGGGACCUGGGCGUGCAACGCGGCAUGGCCGCCUGGCUCGGACGCGACGUCAGCAAGCUCAAAGCCAAGGGCGGCACCAACAAGUGGAAGUACUUGAGCGAGCGCGAGAUGCUCGAGCACUCGGCGCCGUAUGCGCCGUUCCGAAGCCUCUUCAUGUGGUACAUGUGGCGCGUCGAAGACGUCGACAUCAGCGCGCUCCAA